AUAAUGUUAAUAAAAGAGGGCCAAUAAACUCAAAUCUAUAUGCAAAUCAACAAUACCUUGAUAACCCUAAACUCAAAAUCUCAAGUUCUCAGCAGCUUGAGACAUCGCUUCUUCUUUCUCCCUCGCUGCGGGAAUUCUUUUCUCAUUCCUCAAAUCUUUCUCAGCUUUUUAAGCCGAUUUCAGUUUCAAUUUAUUGAGAUUCACGAAUCACCGACAAACGCGCGGCCGCCUCACUCUGCCUCCAGUCCAGAUCGCUCCUCUGCUCGCUGCGGGCCUGCGGCCGCCUCUGCCUGACUGCCUCUGUGGCCGUUCGUCGCUCACUGUUCGCCGCAAUCUUAUCUGUCUCCAGAUCGCGUUGCUGCUUUGUUCAAAAGAAGAUUGUGCAGGCUCCUUGCUCAUUGUCCCUUGCUAAUUGAGUGUAGCAACAAGUGACUUCAAACCAUUCCCAUCAUCUUUGAAUUAGGAACUCCUAACUGGUAGAGAUGGAAAAAGAUGCGAGUGUGACAAAAGAAAAGGUUAGAAACUACAUAUGCGACGAUCUUGCAUUUUAUAUUCUAUCAAAAUUGCCUCUAAAAUCUUUGAAGCGGUUUGGAUGCGUACGUAAAUCAUGGAUUCUCUUAUUUGAAAACCAUCAUUUCAUGAGCAUCUUUCGCAACAAUUUAAUCUCUUAUGAUCAUUCGUACUACGAUGAUACGUCUCUUCUCCUACAGCUUACUAAUAGAGAUUUGUGUUCAUUUUCUGGAGAUAAUUUUGGAGAUAAUUUUGACGAUGUAAUCAUAGAUCUUCCAGAUCCGUUUAAAGAUGAGCACCCUUCUAUUAGGGUUUUGGAUUCUGGUAGCAUUACCGGAAUUCUUUGUCUCUACACUGGUGAUCUAAGAUAUGCAUUAUGGAAUCCAACAACAGAGGAAUUCAAGAUCAUCCCUCAACUCCCUCGUGAGUUUGAUUCACCUUAUAUUACAGAAGAGGUUAUUCCACUUGGAUUUGGUUUUGACCAAGUUAGAAAUGAUUUUAAGUUGAUUACGAAUGUACUAUUUUGUCUUCAAUAUGAAGAUAUAGAUUACCCAGAAUUUAGUUGCGAGUACCGAAUAUAUAACCUUAAAAGUAACUCUUGGAGAAAAAUUGACAAAGAUGUCGGUUUUAUAUCAUCAUUUUAUACUCAGACUUGUCAACGAUUGUACAUGAACGGAAUGUGUCAUUGGUGGGUUUUUUCGCAUGAUGGAAGAGACAUAACAUCGUUUGACUUGGUCACCGAGGAGAUUAUCACAACACAUAUACCUCUAGAAAUACAUCCAGAAGUGAAUGAUGAUUUUAAUGUUGCUUAUAUACCAUUAUCCUUAAUGGUGUUAAAUGGGUCUAUUGGUUUCAUCUCAGGGCCUUUAGAUAACACUACUUUUAACAUAUACAUUUUGGGAGAAAUUGGAGCAAAAGAAUCAUGGACUAAACUUUUUACUAUUGGGCCAUUGUCUGAUAUUAGACUUUCUAUUGGAGCAGGGAAGAAAGGUGAUUUAUUUUUUCAGAAAGAAGAUGGUGAUAUAGUUCGGUUUAAUUUAACCACCCAAUUGAUUGAGGAGCUUGACAUUGAAGGAGAUAAUUAUAGUAUAUUAAUUUAUAAGAAAAGUUUUCAAUCAUUAAUUUGAUUUCAACCAUAAGAUUUAUGAAUGUGGGUAUUAAGAUUUAACAAUCUUUUGAUAGUUGUAUUUUAUGUAUUACAUUAAUUAAUAAAUGAAAAAUAUACAUUAUGUAUA